AUGGCCAAUGUCAAGAUCGUCUCGCAGGCCGAGUACCUCCCUCUCCGGCUGUCCCUCCUCGCAGCGGAAAAGGAAAACACCAGGGCCCGCGACGAGCUCGCCCGCCAACGCCGGGCCCUCCCCGUGGUCGAAGUGACCACCCCCUACACCUUCACCAACGAGGACGGGAGGGAAGUUGGGCUGGCGGAUCUGUUCGACGGCCGGGCCCAGCUCAUCAUCUACCACCUGAUGUUCAGCCCGGACUGGGACGCGGCGUGCGCCAGCUGCUCGCUGCUGGGCGACUCGGUGCCAGACCUGAGCCACCUGCACGGCCACUCGACCACGUUCGUGGCGGUGAGCCGCGCGCCCAUCGACAAGAUCCGGGCGUAUAAGAAACGCAUGGGCUGGUCGUUUCCGUGGGUGUCGUCGUUCGGGUCGCCCUUCAACUACGACUUUGGCGCCACGCAGGACGAGGCCGUCCAGCCCAUCAAAUACAACUUCAAAACCAAGGAGGAGAUGGAGCGGCGUGGCGGCCUCGCCCAUUUCAUCAAGGGCGAGCAGCCUGGCCACUCGGUCUUUGUGAUCGGUGGCCCACUGACCGGCAUCGGCGACCAGGGCAAAGUCUACCACAGCUACAGCAGCUACGCGCGCGGCGGCGAGCCCAUCAUCAACACCUUCACCUGGCUUGACAUGACCCCUUUGGGGAGGCAGGAUGGGCUGAGCGGCGUGGGAGGGUUGGGGUUCAAGAGACACGACGAGUAUACCGCUGAGGACUUGAAGGGACUGCCGGCCGCGAAGAUUAGUGCGUGA